GCGGGACGCGGCGCGGUCGGGCGGCCAGGCCGGCUCGGGCCGCGCCGCCCGGCCCCGGGAGAGCUAGAGCUGCGCUGAGACGAGGGGAAAAGAGGGGGCGAGAUGGCGUCGUGCGUGGGGAGCCGGACCCUGAGCAAGAACGACGUGAACUAUCGCCUGCACUUCCGCAUGAUCAAUGAGCAGCAGGUGGAGGACAUCACUCUGGAGUUCUUCUACCGGCCGCACACCAUCACCCUCCUCAGCUUCACCAUCCUCAGCCUCAUGGCCUUCGCCUUCACCAGGGAUGAUUCCGUACCAGAGGAUAAUAUUUGGAGGGGUAUCCUCUCUGUGAUUUUCUUCUUUCUAAUCAUCAGUGUUCUGGCUUUUCCUAAUGGACCCUUUACACGUCCCCAUCCUGCAAUAUGGAGGAUGGUUUUUGGUCUCAGUGUGCUCUAUUUUCUGUUCCUGGUGUUCGUGCUCUUCCUUAACUUUGAGCAGGUAAAAGCAGUGAUGUACUGGCUGGAUCCUAAUCUUCGAUAUGCCACAAGGGAAGCAGAUAUUAUGGAGUAUGCAGUGAACUGUCAUGUUAUCACCUGGGAAAGAAUCCUCAGCCACUUUGAUAUAUUUGCUUUUGGACAUUUCUGGGGCUGGGCUAUGAAGGCUUUGCUGAUCCGCAGCUAUGGGCUCUGCUGGACUAUCAGCAUCACCUGGGAGCUCACUGAGCUCUUCUUCAUGCACCUUCUGCCUAAUUUUGCUGAAUGCUGGUGGGAUCAAGUCAUUUUGGACAUCCUGCUUUGUAAUGGAGGUGGCAUCUGGUUGGGUAUGGUAGUUUGUCGUUUCUUGGAGAUGAGGACCUAUCACUGGGCAAGCUUCAAGGACAUUCACACAACCACAGGGAAAAUCAAAAGAGCUGUAUUACAGUUCACCCCCGCCAGCUGGACCUAUGUCCGCUGGUUUGACCCAAAGUCAUCAUUUCAGAGAGUGGCUGGAAUCUACCUUUUCAUGAUCAUUUGGCAGCUGACUGAAUUGAACACAUUCUUUUUGAAACAUAUCUUUGUGUUCCAAGCAAGCCACCCUUUAAGCUGGGGGAGAAUUCUCUUCAUAGGAAUCAUUACAGCACCCACUGUAAGGCAAUACUAUGCGUACCUCACAGACACACAGUGCAAGAGGGUGGGAACUCAGUGCUGGGUGUUCGGGGCUAUUGCUUUCCUUGAAGCUAUUGUGUGCAUAAAGUUUGGACAAGAUCUUUUUUCCAAAACACAAAUACUGUAUGUUGUGUUUUGGCUUCUCUGUGUGGCCUUUACAACUUUCCUUUGUCUGUAUGGUAUGGUUUGGUAUGCAGAGUACUACGGCCACCGAGAAAAGACCUUGUCAGAAAGUGAAGACAGUCCUUACAGUCCAGAUGCUUCCUGGCUUCAUUCUAAAUUCACCACAGCAGGUGCUGACAGUAGUCCACCAAAACAUUCAGUCAAUAGUGAAAGCCACUCAUCUAGAAGGAGGAAUCGGCACUCCAAAUCAAAAGUAUCAAAUGGAAUUGGCAAGAAAUAAGAAUGGUCUCUGAAGACUUCCUACAGUGUGACCAGAGGUCAUGAAGAUCAGACACGGCUCUGAAUUGCCAAAUGGAAGGUGGAUUUUUAAAUUAAAAAGUUUAAAAAGGGGGAAGUUGAAGAAAAGGAUGAUGAAGAUGGAGCCACCAGUGUAGUGCAGAUAAUUGCCUGCUGAUACUUGCCAUUCACUGAUGUAAAUCUUGUUUCUUCAGCAUGUGGCACCAAAAGCUCAUGAAGGGUGUGCUGGAAAAAAAGUGUACUUUUGUCAUAGGAGGUACACCCUAUUUUGUGUUCAGAAGUUGCAAGUGCAUUUUAAUAUCUUAGUUGAGGACUUAAACACAAAGGUUAGUAAACUGAUAGUUGGCAUGGUUGGUUAGAUUUUUGUUUGUUUGUUUUGGUUUACUGUUUUUGUUGUUUUCUACAAGAGUAUGGAAUCCUUUGACUAAAAGCAACCCUGCCCUUCUUUUUGAGUGUCACAACAAAACUUCUCCAUACAACAGUUAGUAGAAGCAGUUACUUGUUCCAUACAACAGUUAGUAAAAAUUUCAUGUCCAGGUUUCUUGUAAAGCAUAUGAAAUUGAUAUUCAGGGUUUUUUUGUUCUGUACUGUCCUUCUGCUUGAUUGAUACAUUUUCAAUUUCUUCUGAGUUUUUAAAAUACAUAUAUAAAAACCUGCUCCAUAGUAGAGGGACAUGCCUCCUGUACUGACUCCUCAGAGACAGAUGUCCUGUUAUUUCAUUGGUUUUCCUCCUUUACGUGCAGUGUGUUUUGCCUUUUCAAGUGUAAAUAUGUCAUUUUCUCAGCUGUGCCACAUUGUGUACAAUGGUCCUUCCCACUCCCUUCUUUUGCCUCCAUCUCAGCUGGAACCAGAAAUCCCAUUGUUUUCAGACUGGUAUCAGAAACUGCUUUGAAGGCUCAGAUGCCCCACUGAGCUUGGUGAUAAGGCAGUUUUUUUCUGAAGCUGAAUUGCUUAUUAUCUCCAUAAUUAUUUGUGAAGACUUGCUAUAGUCUUUGGUGCCUUAGAGGCAGCAUGAGGUAACUGUGAUAUAAUACCCCAUUGCUUUGGUGUUUCCUAUCAUGCAUCAGACACCCAGCAGAAAGUUGUUCUUUCUUGCAAUUUUGGAGGUUUCUUUUCUGAGGGUUGUGUGAGGUUUACGUUUUAUCUGGGUGUUGUUUUGUUGCCUUUUUUUUUUUUUUAAUGUAUUAAUUCUGACACUUGGCAGUGUAUAAAUCUCCAACAGUGAAUGUAGUUAUUAAGUCAAGAGGUAAACAAUCAUGAGCAAUCAGUUCCUGUAUUAAGUUAUGCAAAUGUUUUUGUGCCAAUUAAAUUUUGGGAUUCAAGGUGUUUAGAGGGGUAGAUAGCUUAAGCAAGGAUAAGUAAUACCCAUUAAUUACUUAGUCUUUAUGUGAAAAUGGGAUUUCCUUUUUCUUUGAAUAAUAUUACUGUGAUUUGCCACAGGCUAAGUACUAAAAAAAAGAUGCAGCAGAGAGUUUAUACAAGUGUAUGAUACUGUAAAUAGAAAAAAGUAUCCUGUGUAAUCCAUCAGUUCCUAUGUGCCAUAGAUUAUCAAUGUUUUCAAUGCACUUAAAUGUUGCUGCUGAACUCCUCAGAGGCCUUUCAUUUCCCACCCUUCUCUUCAAUCAAACAUAACUGUACAACUUGGAAAGUAACACAGUAGAAGCUGCAAUAUCAUCAUUGCUACAGUGACAUUAACUGCUACAUGAGAAAAAUGUAAGGAAGAUUUUCAGGCUCUCCUACAACUACUUGGUUUUCAUUCAUGCUAUAGCAGUUCCACAUAUUGCCUUCCUGUUCACAAUGUACUACAUAUUGAUGAAUGUAUCUGUAGAUUUCUUUGGAUACUGAGACUUACUACUUUUUUAUUUCCUUGGCUAAUAACUCAGUCUGUGUAAGACUGAAAAAUGGCAUUGUAAAUUUUCUAUUGAUUCAAUACCAAAGCAAGAGAUUUAAAGUCUAAUGGUUUAGAUAUUUCAAGUACUGUGGUUUUCAAAGGUGAGAGUCUGUUUUGUACUUGUAAGGUGUAUACACACCAAGUAUGUAUGCAGAGCUUACAUGUGUAAGCACGUGCUGAAGUACCAUAUUUACUUGCCUGUGCGGACAAACAUAUAUUUUGUAAACGCAGACCUGGUGCUCACACUGCUGAACUGCACCCUAAAAAUAUUGGAAAGGCUAAUAUGAAGUGUCAUCUUGUUGGAAGCUGACCUCUGUAUACUGUUAUGACUGCUUGGCCUUGAAGAAAUGUUGUUUGACAACACCUUUAAAGAUAUUUCCAAUUAAGUCUUUAUACUUUAAUUUUUUUGUGUUUGAUUGGUUUUUUUGGUUGGGUGGUUGUUGGAGUUUUUUGAUUGGGUUUUUUUUGUAGUUUGUUUGGUUUGGGGUUUGUUGUUUUGUUUUAUUUUUACUUUAAAAGAGGGAUGGCUAGGGAGAGGUGAAACUUAAGUAAACUAUUCAAGUACUGCUUGGAAAAUGGCACUUUGUCUCCUCUAUCAUAGUUCUGGCUGGAAUUCUCACAAGUCCUCCACUGACUGACAACUGUAUUUUCAGCCCAUCAUUUUGGACGUGAGCUUUACACUGGAAGGCAUUAGAAAGGUGCUUUUGAUCACUGCUGUAAAACUAGUGAUCUCAGUUUUAUCAGUUACUGUGCUAUUGCUGAAUUGUGUAUUUGUGUAACACCUAUAAUGACAAAUCACUGAGCUGUUUAACAACAAACAUCCAUGUAUGAGUUCUGCUGCUUGAACAGUAUUUGGCAACAGUCAUGGAUGUGCUGUCCUGUUUUCAACUACUUGUUCUGUCACAGCCACUCAUUCCUACUUUCCUGCUUCUAAUGUUCCUUCCUUUCCCUGUCCUCUGGUGAUCUCCCCUGCUGCUAUGGAGAGAUCGAAAUUGGCUCUCCAGAGGCUGACCAUCAGUGGUGGCAGUCAUUGAAGGGAGGCUAAUUCAAGGCAGGGUGGUGUAAGCAGAGGGUAGUGGCAAGAACUUUUAAGCAGUGGAUUAAAUAAAAAUGGAAAGUUUUAAAAUGCAGGUGUACAACGAACUAGAGCUAGCCUUGAGUACUGAAUUCUAGUAUUAAAGUUGCUGCAUGGAUCAUACACCACAUUUAAUUAAAUAUUUGAAGUGUGAUUUCAACCAAUUCUUUUGUUACUCUUCUGUGAAGAUCAUAAUUUCAUGUUCCAGCUGUUAAAACUUUAAUAUUUUUUACUUUGUUAUCACAAGAGGACACAGAUGUUGCCACAUAUUUAAUAGUUUUUGAAUAGAGUUGCUCUGUAUUGAUUGCAAAGUAUUGUAUUUUGCAAUAAUUGAGUAAAUCAACCCAUGUCACCAAUAUGUGUGUUUGUCUGUACCUGUAAGGCAUAUGAAAUGAUUACAUACUGCUUUUAGAAGCUGUUAUGUUUUAUUCUAAGUAAUUGCAUUCUGACAAAUACAGUGGUUCUUGAGCAGCUUACA